AUGGGAGGAUUAAAGCUGCGUCCAUCCAGGCAGGAAAACUGCGUGGCCAGACCAGCCGGGGACGAGCGGCCGGGCGGGAAGCUCCGUCCCCCGGUCACGCUCCGUGUUCAGUUAGCACUCGAGUGCGAGCGCUCUUUCUCGCCGCGGCCUGUGUCCCUGCGUCUGCCCAAACGCCCGGGCAGAGAACUCUUCGGGUUCACGGCCCUUCAGCGUUUCGCCGACAGAUUUCAGGCCGUCGGAGAGAGCGCGUUAUUUCUCCCAGUCAACAGACCCGGGGCGGCGGAGCUCAGACACCCGGCCCUGACGAACGAGUCCUCUGGGCCCCCCCUCAACAAGCCCGUGCCAACCUGCCUGGAGCUGGAGCGCUACCUGCAGACGGAGCCCAAGCGGCUGUCGGAGCUGUUUGACGAGGAGCUGGACUGCCUGCUGACCCCGGCCUUCCUGAAGGGCGACGGCGGCGAGGACGACCUCUCCGACCCGCUCCUCCCGGGCCUCAGCACCCCGCCCCCGCCGCCGCUGCUGCUCGCCAAGCCCGCCUCCGCGGCCGCCAGGACCGCCUCCGCGCCCGCCAAACCCGCCGCCGCGCCCGAGGACGGGCUGCUGGCGGGCGCGAGCGCCGCCCAGCUGAGCGCGGCCGUCACCUCCCUCACGCCCCCCUCGUCCCCCGAGCUCGGCCGCCACCUGGUCAAGCCGCAGACGCUCACCGCCGCCGCCGACGGCACGCUCACGCUCAAGCUGGUCGCCCGCAAGACGGGCGGGCCGGUGGCCGCGCACGCGCUGCCCGCCCUCUCCGCCAGGGGGCAGCGCGGCGACGCGGAGCCGUGCGGCGGCAUCGGCGCGCUCAUCGGAGGGGAGGUGCCGGAGAACAAGAAGAGGGUCCACCGCUGCCAGUUCAACGGCUGCAGGAAGGUCUACACCAAGAGCUCGCACCUGAAGGCGCACCAGAGGACCCACACGGGUGAGAAGCCCUACAAGUGCUCAUGGGAAGGGUGCGAAUGGCGCUUCGCCCGGAGCGACGAGCUGACCAGGCACUACCGCAAACACACUGGCGCCAAGCCCUUCAAGUGCAACCACUGCGACAGGUGUUUCUCCCGGUCGGAUCAUCUGGCCCUGCACAUGAAGAGACACAUCUGAGGCCGAGUGUGUGUGUCUGUGUGUGUGCGCGAGAGAACGACGGAGAGUGUGCAAGAGCGCGUGCGAGAGUGAGAGAGAGACCGAGCGAACGAGAGCGAGAGAGAGAAGGAAGGACGGAGGGGUGAGAGAGAGAGAGAGAGAGGGGAAGAAAGAAGAGGGGAGAAAAUGAACAACAUGUCAGCAUUUUGCACGUUAUGAUUCAGAGACGGCCCCCUUCGGAGAUCGUACCCAGGAGCACAUUGCCUUCUCCGGGCCCAAAAUGGCGGCCGAGACCGGCACAAGGUGACGGGCCCAAAAUGGCGUCCGAGACGGUGCGAAAAAGGAGGCGGAGCAUUGUGGUUUUUUUACGCGCACUUUUCCCCCCACAGUCCACCAUCCAUCCUGGUCUGCGUCAGCGUGUUGAUUAGCCAUGCCUUGCCUCGCCAGGAGUCAGACACUGCCAAUCCAUUGCCGAUUUUUCCUUCAGAACACUAUUCACAGUUCUCCUCUAGUUUUUUUUUUUUGUUGUUGUUGUUGUUUUUUUUUUUUUACCCGUGAAUCCCCGGGAGAGCUUGGGAGGAGACGCGCACACCGGAACUUUCUCCGCGAACAGCUCGCGAUCACAAACGGCGGGAUUGUAGCGGUAGCUUUCUUUAAAAAAAAAAGACUCCCGCUCCGUUUAGGUGUGAAUCGUGUCUUGUCUUUCAGGUUUUUUUUUUUUGUCUCUCGGGGACGUUUCCCUACCCAGAAAACGAGCAGUUUUUUAAAAACCACAGCUGAGUAACCGCAGACAGACACACAGCCAAACUCACGGGAGAAGGAGUGAUGGCGAUGGUG